CUCUGGUACCACUGGGACCCAAUAUCAGCUGGUAGACUUUUUGCCAUCGUGAGCAAACUUUUGACGCCAACAUAAAAUAAAACACAAAUUGUAAGCUUUCUUUCGCAAUGGUUGUAGCCAGCGAACAGGUGCCACAGACUGACGGUCAGAGCGCAAAGACCAAGCAAAAGAAGCAAAGGCAACGCAAUCGACCUCGCAACAAACGAAAUCGCCACGAAGAUAGCAAUCUAAACAACACACCGGAAACCGAGAGCUCAGCCACCGAUUCUGCAAGUGCAAUGCCGGGCGAUAAGAGUGAAAAAACGGAUGCGGUGGCCACGGAGAAGACGCGGGAGCAGGUAAUGGCCGAGAGGGAGGCCAAGAAGCUAGCCAAACAGGCCAAGAAACAGAAGAAUCCCAGUGCAGCCACUGCAGCCGGUGUGGCCACUCCAGCAACCACAAUUAUCACGGAAGUGGAGCAGACCACCAUAACCACCAAGCUGACGACGACCACCACAACCAAGGCCAAGGAGAAGCUGGAACUGUUGGAAAAGAAAGCGGAUACGGCGGUUACAAAGACAUCCCCUGCGCCUGUGGAGAACGGCAAGGAAGAAAAGUCUCGAGAACAGAUCAAGGCUGAACGGGAGGCCAAGAAGGCGGCCAAAAAGGCAGGCAAAAGCACGGUAGAUAAAGUUGAGGCCGCCACCCAGCAGUUGUCCAACUUAAAGGUGACAGAAAACGUUCAAACACCAGCAGCAGCCAAGGCACAACCUCCCAGCUCCCUCGAAGCAAAUCAGAAAAAACCAACUCUUAGCAAGGCCGAAAGACGUGCCAUCCAAGAAGCCCAGCGUGCAGCCAAGGCUCAGGGACAGGCAGCCAAGAAACCGCAGCCUGGAGGCAAGGCUUCUACUGCUGCCCCACCCAGCAAGGAGCUUAAAAGGGAGAGCGUGUCUCCCGCCAAAGCAGCCACCAGCAGUUCCCCCAGCAAAGGUUCAACAUCGGGUACUCCGCAGAGUGAGUGCCGGGUGAGGCUGUUCAAUCACCUGGUUUGCGCCAAGGGAGACAGCCUGUUCAUUAACGAUCCCCUCGUCCACCCGAGCAUAGCUCGUUUGGGUGUGCAAUAUGCCAAACGGACGGUUGUGGGUUCCAAUGCCCGGUGCAUUGCCUUCCUUCAUGCGCUGCGGCAAGUGGUCCAUGACUUUGAGACGCCGCCGAAGAAGGAGUUUGGACGCAGCUUGGAUGCGGCUGUAAAGCAUCAUGUAGAUCACCUGCACAAGUGCCGACCGCUGGCGGUUUCCGUCUCCAAUGCCUACAAGCAGUUUAAGAACCAGCUCACCCAACUGCCAGCGGAUACGCCAGAAACGGAGUUAAAGGAGCUCCUGGACCACUUCAUCGACACUUACAUAGAGAAUCAGAUUGGCAAGGCAGCCCAAGCAAUAAGCGGCUUCCUCCAGGAGAAGAUCACCGAUGGCGAUGUCCUGCUCACCUUUGCCUGCUCCUCACUCAUCCAGUUUAUCUGCGAGGAGGCCAAGCGGCGGCAGGUCUCCUUUCGGGUGAUUGUCGUCGAUUCCCGUCCCGGCUGCGAGGGCCAGGAGAUGCUGCGCCGCCUGCAUGCCUAUGGUAUACCCUGCACCUAUGUCCUCAUCAAUGCCGUGGGUUAUGUCAUGCCGGAGGCCACUAAGGUUUUAUUGGGUGCCCAUGCCUUGCUGGCCAAUGGCUAUGUAAUGGCAAGGACGGGUACGGCUCAGGUGGCUCUGGUGGCCAAUGCCAAUAAUGUCCCAGUGCUGGUCUGCUGCGAGACGCACAAGUUCAGUGAGCGCUUCCAAACGGACGCCAUUGUGUACAACGAGCUGAGCGAUCCCAACCAGCUGGUGCGCGGCGACAAGUGUCAGCUGAACAACUGGGCGGCGAAGGGUAAGCUGAUGCCGCUGAACCUCAACUAUGAUAUAACGCCACCGGAACUGGUGAAUGCCGUGGUCACCGAGGUGGCCAUCCUGCCCUGCACCAGUGUUCCUGUCAUCCUGCGCAUCAAGCCGGACAUUGGCUACUAAGGGCAGGUCGGAGAAUUUGUUGAAUAAAUAAUUUUUAUUACACUUUUUGAUCAAAUCGAUAAACAAGGUUGCGUCUCGCCGGUUAAUGCUAGUGGAAUAUAUAUGUAUUAGUUAGUUCCGUGCCGCCCAGUGUCUGUACAUCUUGGCUCCGGAAUAUCUUUGGGAAAGUAUCUCCACCUAGAGAACUGUUUCCUCUUUCGUACAUGUAUUUUACAUUCAUAAUUUGCACUCGAUUGUACUUAUUUUCCAGCUUAGGGAUGUGUGCUUUCGGGUAGUAGCUCUAAAUUCUAACAACAAAAUACAGUUUUGUGCCCGACUUACAUAGACUAGGAUCAUUCCUGGGAAGCGGAUCUACUCGGGAGGGGGGAAUGGGUGUAUCCAUUUGCAACAACUUUGAAUGAGAGCUUCUAUAAGCAGCUACUGGCUACAAAUGCAACAAUAAAUACAUACAAUACAAUUUAA